UUACUUUCUGUGGUGAAUAACACCCUCGUGCUGUGAGUAUAGUUCCUCUCUCGUUCUGAAAUCUCACCAGUCUCUGUGUAGCAGAGGGAUUUCCCCUACAUUACACAUUAUUUACAUAUUAUGUAUUCUCUUUUAAAACCAGAACCCCAUCACUGCCCAGUCAAUCUCAGUUACUGAAACUGGAAAGUACACAAUUUUAGCAUCUAUUUCAGAUCUUAUUCUUGAUUGUCUUAUACUGUAUUGCUAUGUCAGAAGGACAGUGUGGACUCGGAUACUACUAUGAUGGGCUAGUCGAGGAGUGUAAACAAUGCUAUUUACGAUGCAAUUCACCACCCAGGGUUUGCACAACAUACUGUACUCAAUCAUCAGAGAGCAAAGCCCCUGAGCCGUUCAACAUUCGUCUGACCCUGGUCUGGCUGUUUGUGUUCCUGUGUGCUUUUACUACUCUCCUGCUGCUGCUGCAGGUACUGAGGAAGAAGACAUGCAUACGUUUCCCAAAGAACAAAUUAUCACGACUACAGGAAGCAGAGUGUCCCGGGACUGAGAUGGUCUCUGAUGAUGUCCCUGAGCAGACAGUGGUUAUCAUGGGACAGGACAACUUGACGAGAGGAGCUGGAGCCAUGGUUCUCCAGGAGGGAACAAACAGCCAGACUCCCGACUGCAACUCCAACCUGCCUGUCCCUUCCACUGAGGAGGGCACCACCAUACUGGUCACAACCAAGACAGUACAGAUCUUUAACCACACAGAUGACAUUACAGACGGAAAGACAUUGGGGUUGUGGAGGUCUGGCUUUGUAGCUUGA